GACCGGGAAUCCUUUAACCUAUUGUUAAAGGAUUUUCUUUUGAGCGUACUUAAGGCUUCUUCGUAACCAGAAUAAGUUAGAUUUCCAAUGUGCAUGGUUUCUUUAACAGUGCCCACUAUUUACGCUUAUUGGCUAUGUAAUGUGCAGUCUAUAUACGUUAUGGCUGUUAUGUUAUGAUGAACGCAUAGCACGUGCCACGCCGCGGGCGUCGCCUAGCAACAGUUGCUCAUAUUUAUGCGUCCUACGAAAUAUUUUUGUUUUUGUUAUAGUAUGAAAAUGACGCAUGACGACUACCCAUGGCAACGGCAGUCAAGUGAGCUAAGGGAAAAUGUAGCCGAAACGCUAAAUACUUGUUAUUAUGAUUCAGUUAUUAUGGAAAGAUGAGGCAUAGCGAUGAGAUAGAUGGUAGCUUGGUGAGAGGAUCGUAACGCCAACAUGUCAGACAGCGAAGAGAGCGACGGAGAAGGAGGGCUUGGCAACCUGAACCGGCUGAUUGUGAGGCCGCCGGGCCACAGCGGCAAGGCCAAGCGCGGCCAGCUUUGCUUCGACGCGGCCUUCGAGUGCGGGAACUUGGGCCGAGCAGAUCACAUCACUGAGCUCGAGUACGAUCUCUUCGUGCGGCCUGAUACAUGCCGCCCGCGCUCGCGGUUCUGGUAUAACUUUACCGUGGAAAAUGUGAAGCAGGAUCAGAGAGUAAUAUUCAACAUAGUGAACUUAGGUAAAGAAAGAACUUUAUACAACGGCGAAAUGACACCGCUAAUCCGCUCAACCUCGCGUCCAAAAUGGCAACGCAUUCCUCGUCGUUUCAUCUUCUACCACAAGUCACCAGUGCACCGCGGCCGGCGCGUAUUGAGCCUCGCCUUCGGCUUCGACCGCGAGGAAGACGUUUACCAUUUCACGGCGGCUGUACCCUACUCCUACUCUAGGUUGCAGAAGUACCUCACGCUGUGGGAGAAGCGCGCACAGACGUUUGCCGCUAGGGAGUGCAUUGCGCAAACUACGCAAAAACGCAAGGUUGACCUCAUCACCAUAGGGGAGCUCGGAGUCCAGGAUAAAGAGAUGAGAGAAGAGUCCGCGGUGAAGGGUAAUAAGGGAGUUCCAAAGAAGCGCGUCGUGCUUAUCCUUGCGCGCACGCAUGGCGGCGAGCCGCCGGCAUCUUUCAUCUGCCAAGGUAUCCUUGAUUAUUUUUUAACUUCAUCCGAAAAGGCAUUGGCGUUACGCAGCAACGUAGCUGUUCAGGUGGUGCCGAUGUUGAACCCCGACGGUGUGUUCCUGGGCAACCAGCGCUCUGACCUGCUGGGCGCCGAUCUCAACCGCAGCUGGGUCACCGCCACUACCUUCGCCCAUCCUGCCGCCGUGGCCGUCAACGACCUCGUGUCCAAGCUCGUCGCUGAGAAGUCUCUUCAAUUGGAUUUUAUAAUCGACUUGCACGCGGACAUAAGCUUUGAAGGAGUUUUCGUUCGGGGAAACUCAUAUGACGACGUGUACAGGUUUGAGCGUCACGCCGUCCUUCCAAAGUUCCUGGCGUCCCGCGUGGAAGCCUGGCGUCCCGAGGCAUGCCUGUACAACGCGGACCCCCUGGCCGCCGGCACGGCGCGCCGGGCACUGCCGGAGGGCGCCGUGGAUGCUUACACAUUACUAGUUUCACUGGGAGGACGCCGACUCACUCCUAAGGGACCUUACAUACAUUAUACUGAAGAUGCUUAUGCUAAAAUCGGCCGAUCUAUAGUGAAGGCUCUCUGCGACUACUACCGACACAUCGGCGUCAUACCCCCGCGACAAGGAGCACCAACCAAGAAGAAAGACGGCCGCGGUCGGCGUCGGCGUCGGCGCCCCGCCGCCGACAGAGAAAGGCCAGUCCGCCGCACUUGGUCCCCAAUGUCCCCACACGAACACUUACCGCACAUACAUACCAAAAUGUCACCAAGCUCAAGUCCCGAGCGGCGAGUAUUAGCCGGGCGGGUGCUGUCACCGCCGCUGCCGCCGGCGUCCCCGCCGCCGCUCCGGGCGUUGCCGCCGCGCUCCACGCGACUCCGCCGCACCAAGCCCAGAAUAGAGCCAGAUUUGGACCCGCUACUGCCUCUUAUCACAGGCACAGCAGUCCGCACGCCCCGGCUGUCCGUGGUGAACCUCAGCGCCAUCAUCCGCACGCCGACCGGCCGCGAUCCUCGCCCGAGGCUUGCGCGCCCGGCCCGACCCUCGCAUCCGAGGUUUACCAGCGACGAGUACGACACGCAUGACUCCGACUCAUAGGCGUCGUGAGAAUCUACAUGUGUGAGCGGUCACAGCCGCGAUAGAGCGGGGCCGAUUUUUAAAUUUCGAUCGCUUCCCUUUCGUGUUCUCCCUUUUCCAAUUCUACUAAUUAUCGUAUUUCAAAAAUAGCAUCUCGCCGUUUUCCACAGAUUAUCGUGUGACGAAAUCGAGCGCCCGAAAAUCAACAAUCGUCCCCCAUUAUUGGAACGGGUUGGUUUUCUAUUAGAAUAAGAUUUAUUUGAUAAUCCCGACAAGAAUUAUCCUGGAAACGGCCAGUUACUGCGCUACGGAGUAUUCGGUUCAAUCCUAUUUUUAUUCCCAGUAGGAACAAGUGGAGCAAGGAAACCGCACCCAGACGAUGUUAUUCCUAUUUGUCGUCUUUUGUUACCACUCGUUUGGACUAUGUAUAAUGUGCUGAUAAAUCUAUUGAUUUUUUUAGAGGAAUUAUUAUAAAGGACAUAAUGAGAAUAGGCAGAAUAUUCGAGUGUAGCCAAAAACUCUAUCGCGUUAAGUCAUAGGGGUAAAAUCGCCAUAAACAAAAGAACUCGUCAAUUCUUCAGUCUAAAACUACUCAUGUGCCGUCGGAAAGUUUCCAAAAUUCCGAAAUUUCUACAUGGAAACAUUUCAUAUUUUUGUAUUUGAAUCUAAAUUUUCCAUUUCCAAAGUGAAACUUUCCUUUGUUUCCUGUGAAAUGUUCCUGAUACUUUUGAGAACUUUUCCAACUUUUUGAAAACUUUUCGCAUCUUGUCCAGCCUCUAAAAUAAUUAUACCUCAGGUUAUACAAACAUUUUUGGCUUCGAGAGAGAUCUGUCGUUUUAUGCAUUUUUAUUUUGUAAAUGCAAAGUCAAACAGGUAACAAAUUAACAUUUAGUUUUGUCUAUUUACAGAAAAAGUACAAAACUCGUGAACAAUGAAUAAGAUCACAUGGAAUGCACGUAUGCAUAAAUUGUUACUAUUUGAGUUAAGAGUGACGUUGGUUUUUAAAGUUUUUAUAAAAUUAAUAUACAAGUAAAUAAGGACAUUUGAAGGUUAUGGAAUAUUAAACCAAAGCUGAAAAUGAUUGUUUUAAGUGUAAAUCUUUAAUAGCUCGCCUAAGAAUGCUAUUAGAAGUUGUAGAAAAAAACUGACUGUGCAAUUUAAACGUUCUCAUUUUAUUCCUCUAAUAGCACCUUUUCUCUACAAUUUUGUAUUCUACCAUUUGUGCCUUAUGUCGUAUAGCAUAAUAUCCCUCUCUCCAGUUUGUAUUGUAUAUUAAUAAACCAAUAAAACAAA